CGCUCGAGCUGCGCGCGCCUCCGCGCGCGAGGAGAGCACACGCUCCGAAAUGCGUUUUUUUAACUUAGAGCAAAGCGCGGUUCGCAGACGAGCUGUACGUGCGCGCGUUCGGUUCUUGCUCCGCACGUCCUGAAUGCUUUUCCACAAAUCACGGAUAUGCAGUUAUUGGUUGAGAGUCUCCUGUAGCUCCUUGCGCCCGUGUGAGGUCCUCCUGUUGGAAGGACUGCGGACCGGUCCGCCUGGACGGCACGCCAGUUUCGCUUUUUCGGCUUCUUCCCUUAUUGGAUGAGAAGCUCCCAGUUAGUGCUAGAUGAUGAUGGCCAUCCCACAUGGAACAGGGUUGUGUUUUCAGAGGGAAGGACAGUACUGGCCCCAGUGAUGAACCCACCGGGUUACCCGAGUGUGGUUGAUUAGUGCGAGGGGGGGGAAAGUGCCUCACGUCCGCUCGACGUUCGUUGUUCUGGAACUGCCCUCACUUACCUGCCACGGCUGGACUGUCCACGUGGGGCCAUGGAGACUCUCUGGGCCUUCCUGCAUCUGUUCACGGCCUGUGCGGCCAUCCAUAUGGACGCUGCCGAGAGUCACAGCGCGUUCACGUGUGAGCCCAUCACGCUGCGCAUGUGCCAGGACCUGCCCUACAAUACCACCUUCAUGCCCAACCUGUUGAACCACUACGACCAACAGACUGCCGCCCUCGCCAUGGAGCCCUUCCACCCCAUGGUGAACCUGGAGUGUUCACCCGAGCUGCGCCCCUUCCUGUGUGCCCUCUAUGGCCCCGUGUGCACCGAGUAUGGCCGCCUGACUCUGCCCUGCCGCCGCCUUUGCCAGCACGCGAAGCGCGACUGCUACAAGCUCAUGGACAUGUUUGGGGUCUCCUGGCCGGAUGAGAUGGACUGUAACAGGUUCCCGGACUGCGACGAGCCGUACCCUCGUGCCGUGGACCUGCAGUCCAGCACCGACGGCACGGAAGACUCCCCUCUGGAAGUGCAGCGCGACUACGGUUUCUGGUGUCCCCGGGAGCUCAAGAUUGAGCCCGAACUGAGCUACUCCUUCCUAGGGGUGCGGGACUGCUCCCCACCAUGUCCCAACAUGUACUUCCGCCACGAUGAGCUCCGCUUCGCCCGUUACUUCAUCGGCGUCGUCUCCAUCGUCUGCCUGUCCGCCACACUCUUUACCUUCCUCACCUUCCUCAUCGACGUCACCCGCUUCCGCUACCCCGAGCGACCCAUCAUCUUCUACGCCGUGUGCUACAUGAUGGUGUCCCUGGUGUUCUUCCUCGGCUUCCUGCUGGAGGACCGCGUGGCCUGCAACCCUGCGAGGCCUGGGCAGUACCGCGCCUCCACUGUCACUCAGGGCUCCCACAACAAGGCGUGCACGCUGCUCUUCAUGGGCCUCUACUUCUUCACCAUGGCGGGCAGCGUCUGGUGGGUCAUCCUCACCAUCACCUGGUUCCUGGCUGCCGUGCCCAAGUGGGGCAGUGAGGCCAUCGAGAAGAAGGCGCUGCUGUUCCACGCCAGCGCCUGGGGUGUCCCCGGCGCGCUUACGGUGACGCUGAUGGCCAUGAACAAGAUCGAGGGGGACAAUGUCAGCGGUGUCUGCUUUGUGGGCCUCUACGACGUGAUGGCGUUGCGCUGGUUUGUGUUGGCGCCGCUCUGUCUCGAUGUGCUGGUAGGCGUGGCCUUGCUGCUGGCAGGCAUCGUGGCGCUGAACCGUGUGCGCAUGGAGAUCCCACUGGAGAAGGAGAACCAGGACAAGCUGGUGAAGUUCAUGAUCCGGAUCGGGGUCUUCUCCGUGCUCUACCUGGUGCCCCUUCUGGUGCUCAUCGGCUGCUACUUCUACGAGCAGAGCUACCGGGCCGUGUGGGAGACCACAUGGGUACAGGAGCGAUGCCGCGAGUACCACAUCCCCUGCCCCUACCAGGUGGAGCGGACGAGCCGACCGGAGCUGGUGGUCUUCCUCAUGAAGUACCUGAUGACGCUGGUGGUGGGCAUCCCUUCUGUCUUCUGGGUGGGCAGCAAGAAGACCUGCUUUGAGUGGGCCGGCUUUUUCCGCGGUCACCGGCAGAAAGACGGAGCUGUCAACGAGAGCCGGCAGGUGCUGCAGGAGCCGGACUUUGCGCAGUCUCUGUUGCGGGACCCCAACACGCCCAUCAUCCGCAAGUCCCGCGGCACCUCCACGCAGGGCACCUCCACCCAUGCUUCCUCCACUCACCUGGCUAUGCUGGACGACCUGCCCAGCAGAGCCGGCAGCGUUCACAGCAAGAUGAGCAGCUACCACGGCAGCCUGCACCGCUCGAGGGACGGCAGGUAUACCCCCUGCAGUUACCGUGCUGCGGAGGAACGUUUGCCCUAUGGAAGCAUGUCCCAUCUCCCUCCCUUGGACCAGUCGCGGCACGGCAGCACCCAGCGCCUCGACAGUCAGUCCCGGCACAGCAGCGUGAGGGAUCUGAGUAACGCACAGACCACACACAUUACCCACGGCACCAGCAUGAAUCGUGUUAUCGAGGAGGACGGGGCCAGUGCUUGAGCCCUGGGCCCCCUGAGGUAGGAGAGGUCUGCAAUUUGACAGACAGCGCAGCUCAUCCUACUGCCACUCCAGUGGGUGACGGAAGAAAGGUGGCAGCAGCUGCCCUGACAAAUCAGGGAUCCUCCACACUGACUUCUUCUGGGACUGGGACAAGCCACUGAUUGCCGGUGGUCCACAAGUGACGUGUGUGCUUUGGUCAGCAGAGCUGCGGUAAUCGAGACAAAGAAAUCGGACGGGACUUUAAAUGGCGAGGAGCAGGCGGAGAUGCUCUCAACACUGCUUUCUGGGCUCCAGUCGGUAUGGGAGGGGCUCCGGCUGUCCUGGGACUAGAACAGAAUGCAGGAUGUUCAGACGCAGCCCUACAGAUGCCCUCUCUCAUCAGCCACUGGCAAGAGAUGUCUUACCACAGUAGACUAAUGAACCAGAACAGGGACCAGUACCUACUUGGUGCUUUUAUCACAGAAACAUGUCUCUUUAUUUUGCACUUCUGUCCCCAAAGGUUCCCCAUUUACAUUCAGAUGGAUUAAUUAUGUUCCCCCUGAUCUCUGCUCUAUUAAAUGCCUGUUUGUCAAUACAGCUGGAAAAGCACAGGCCUUCUGGCUGUAGGUCACAUCAGCAGAGCCAUGAAAGCAGGUAAACAGUCUUACUGACUCAAAAAGUGGUUUCACAUUGGAGGGGAACAUUGACUUUUUUUUUUUUUUUUUUUUUUUUUAAAAAAAAAAAAAAUAUUCUGCAGCAGUAAGAAACCCAUUUUGUGAGCUGCAUGUUAAGCCCAGGACCACUUCACUGGCCAGACAGUUACUCCUGCCUUUGCCCAGAAAUGACAACGGGUCCGGGGCUCCAACAAGACACCUUGGGUAUUACAACAGUUCAAUUAUUUUUACACUGGAGUACAGGUCCUUUUAAACAGUCACCUUAAUUUCUGUGCUUAAAUUAGCAUUGCCUAGUGAACCAACACAUACUGUGGUAAAUCUUCCACUGAUGCUGGAGUGAUUCAGGUGUGUUUUCUUAUUCAGGGACUAAAACAUAACUGACCAGGUGUAGAAACAUUGAUGGAAAAGCGUUGAGCGGACAACUUGAUUACGUGUUCAUGUAAUCGGUCACAAUUCAGCAUAUCAGUGCUGCGAAAGAGAAGCACAAUUUUCUCAUCGGUGUUCGACGUGAGGAUUCACCAAGUCGCAUGUGGCUGACGGGUGAAACGUAAGCCCAGAAAUGUGUGUACGCGUGCUUGUGUGUGUGCAUAAUUACAGCGUGCACUGUUACAGCAGUAGAAUGUACAACUCUUACCUCCCAGUGAAACCCUCCUUUUUUCAGCACUGUAAAUGGCAGCAAAGCCUUUUAGCUUUAGAUGUAAGAAAGAUUUUAACUUUUUUUUUUGUAUUAGGUUCAAAGCUGCUGCUGCCCACCCACUGACCAGGCACGGCCUUGCAGUGAAGUUUUGGAUCAGUUGCUGUGGGGGUGUUCGGAAUCAGACCGAUGAACUGUAAGGGUCUGUUACUCCUCUCACUGAUGUUCUUAGCGUGUUGUCCAUCAUACUGAGUGACUGGUGUGGUCCAUGGGUGUAACAGGCCUCUCUGGUCCUGUUCAUACAUCUUGUGAGCACAACUGAUUGUAAAGCU